CGUUUAUUGUAAAAUCGACGAUAUAAAACACACGACUAACACGCGUGUUAGUCAAUCCUUACUGCCGUUUUAGAACCAGAAUUGACAUCCUCACAUGAGAGCAUCUGCUGCUGUUAUUGAGGAGUUUUAAAAAAACUGGAAACCGAGGGGAAAAAGGAAGGGGGAAGGAGAGCAGAGAUGGGCGAAGCAGAAAUGAAGAUUGGAUUCCUCGGAGCGGGAAAGAUGGCGGAGGCCAUCGCGCGGGGGCUGCACAAUGCCGGUGUCUUUCCCUCCUCACGGAUGCGUACUGCCCACACCCGCCUUCCUCGUCGCGAAGCCUUUGCUUCUUUCGGCGUAACCAUUCUCCCUUCCAAUGCCAAGCUUGUCGAAGAAUGUCAAGUUGUUCUUCUUGGAGUCAAGCCCCAGCUUGUUAAAGAAGUGCUCGUAGACUUGAAGCCUUUAUUUUCAGAAGACAAGUUGCUGUUAUCAAUUGCGGCAGGUGUCAAAAUCAAAGACUUGGAGGAAUGGGCAGGAAAUGCAAGAGUGGUUAGGGUGAUGCCAAAUACGCCUUGCCUUGUGGGUGAAACAGCAGCAGUGAUGAGCUUGGGCAGCAAGGCCACUGCUCAGGAUGAGAAGUUCGUGAAAACUCUCUUUGAAGCAGUUGGUAAAAUUUGGACGGUGAAGGAAAAGCUUCUUGAUGCUGUCACUGGCCUCAGUGGAAGUGGGCCAGCAUAUGUAUAUCUUGCUAUAGAGGCAAUGGCCGAUGGAGGUGUGGCAGCAGGGCUUCCACGGGAUCUUGCAUUAGCGCUGGCUUCUCAGACGGUUUUGGGAGCCGCUAAAAUGGUAAGAGAGACAAAGAAAAAUCCUGGCCAACUCAAGGAUGAAGUGGCAUCACCAGCUGGGACAACUAUAGCUGGAAUUUACGAACUAGAAAAAGGUGGGCUUCGUGCUACUCUUAUGAGUGCUGUAAUGGCUGCAGCUAAAAGAAGUGAGGAGCUUUCAAAAACAUAGCCAUACCAACUGAUGUUUUGCAUUAAACCAAGUCGUAGUAAAUACAAAAUAGCUUCACUGGCUGUAGAUAAUUUUGCUUCCUAUACAAAUGGAGAAGAGACGAGUCCAAAUCUUCGGCAAUAGAAACUUGGUUUAUUCCAUAUUUUCUAUGGACCUUCAAUUAGUUCUUAUUCAUUGAAGAUCAGCUGCAAAUAACUUAUUUUUAGUUCUCUUCCGAUAAUUUAUCUGAACAUUGCCUAUACUGUGAUGAAAUUAGAAGUUUACUUGAUAGAAUUCAUAAACACUUUGAUUAUCAACUAAUAGGAUUACCUAACACAUGUUUGAAAAAACAACACAAAAUCACACAAGGCAUCAAGGAAGUAAGCCUAGAUGCACAUAUAUUCUUAGAAGAAUAGUGUCAUGCAUGCAAUUGAUGUAUGAUAAUGUUGAUGAAUUAUAACCAAUCUCUUUAUACUAA